AUGAUUAGAAGUUUAGCUACAUUGGCCAUACGCCAAGCGGUACAAACAAGAGCGUUUGUCGGUCGGAUUCCGCCGGUAGUUCCCGUGUUUGCAUCUCCCACAAGACGUAACUUUUCCACCUUUCUACGAUCGAAUGCAGUUGCUUCGCACUCUGUUCGUACCCCAAUCACACUGCAGCCGAACAAAACAUGCCUAAUGGAAUCAUCCCAUCGGUUGCUAGACGCGUUGGCCGUAUCGCCGAUGCUACAAACGCAACCGCACCGAACGGUGAUAAAGUUUUCCAUGCGCAAAGGUAAAAGGAAGACGGUAAAGGCGGUUGUGAAGCGAUUUAAGCGUCUGGACUGGGGUGGCUGGAUACGGACCAUCUCCGGACGGCAUAAGAAAAUGUGGCGCAAGAAGGGUAAUCGCAAGCGUCGUCUACGGCAGCACGUACUCGUUAACGGAACGCAGGCUACGCUGCUGGAUAAGAUGGUAACGAAGUACUGGAAGCGUCCCCGGUACUACAUUAACGAUCCGUACGCACCGUACCAUAGCAGGGAGGAGUUUGUGUAUACCAGAAGAAAGGCAUUGAAGUGAGUGAAGGGAGAGUGUGCAGGG